AUGGCAACCCCGGUUAUAAAUUGAGACUCAAUUGAAGUCCUAAGUGAAAACCCAACUGAAAGUCAAACUAAAAACUUAUUUGAACAAAAAUCAGCAACAAGAGAAAGCAAAGAUAAGAAGAAAUUAAAAGGAAAGCCAAAAGAAAAUCCUAAACUAGAAGAAAAAGGAAAAGAUAAGGCUGACGAAGAAGCAGAAAAAGAAGCAAAAAAGAAAGAGGACGCCCGUAGCGCAUGAAAUGACAGAUCUUGAUAG